GAAAUGGCAAAAAUUCAAAUGAAGAGUUUUAACUUUAAUGAAUGCUGAGUGAAAAAGCACAGAGACGACAGUCGUCGGAAGAAGACGAAACCAUCAAAACUUGAGACCAAUUCGCUGUUCCAUUUCUUCUUCUCUGUCGUGUAACUAUGGCUUCAUCAUCACUAACCUCCUUCCAAUUUCGUUCCACGCCAUACCAUUGCUUCCCUAAAAUACCCACAAUUUCUUUUUCCUCUUACCCCAUCGACGACAACCGGACCUUCUCUUUUGGUUUCUUUCACUACACGCCAAGUUUUCCCGAAAAAUUUUCUCCCCUGAGUUGGCUUCAAGUUUCUUCAACCUCUUUUCGUUGGCUUUUUUCUGCUAUUUACGUUUUGGCUGUAGUCCCCACAUUUCAUUACAAUUAUUACACACAUGUGGACAACACAACAACAAACUGAAUCAAAUGAGGCCACUUCUGAGAUUACCAUUGAUGGUUUACAUUUCUCCCAAAGUAAACGUGGCCUUAGACAAAUAUGGUUCUGCACAUGCUGAUACUACUGCAUGAAUGUAUUUGCCGAAUUUGUAUUAAUGGGAUAUUCAAAUCAACCUACUGCGUUAAUGCUCUAAUAUUUGGAAGUCUGCAUUAGUAUCAGCACAAAGAUAUAGAUAGUCCAUGAUCAUGUAUUUCUUUUUUCGUACAACAGAGGUUUCAAGUUCGUAAAAGAUGUUCGAUAGUUUUGCUUACAAGAGCGUGAAGAUUGUAAUCUUCACAAAUAAACUCAACUUCCUUAUGCCUUUUGGGCCUCUAGCAGUUCUUGUGGAUGAGUUAGCUGGACACAAUAGUUGGGUCUUCCUCCUGAGCCUAUUGGGUAUCAUACCGUUGGCUGAGCGCUUAGGUUAUGCCACAGAGCAGCUAGCUUUUUACACUGGACCUACAGCUGGUGGUCUUCUAAAUGCUACUUUUGGAAAUGCUACAGAACUGAUUAUAUCUAUUUUUGCACUGAGAAGUCAAAUGAUACGUGUUGUUCAGCUGUCAUUGCUAGGCUCAAUUCUGUCGAACAUGUUGCUGGUGCUUGGUUGUGCAUUCUUCUGUGGUGGGAUUGUUUUCUAUCAAAAGGAACAGACGUUUAACAAGGCAACUGCUGUUGUCAACUCAGGAUUGUUAUUAAUGGCUGUCAUGGGCCUGCUUUUUCCCGCUCUUCUCCACUACACCCACGGUGAAGCCCAUUUUGGGAAGUCGGAAUUGGCACUCUCGAGAUUCAGCAGUUGCAUUAUGCUUCUAGCUUAUGCUGCUUAUCUCUUCUUCCAAUUGAGAAGUCAAACGAAUCUUUAUUCUUCUGUUUAUGAGGAAGAAACUCACAGUGAAGAAAGCUCAGAUGAAGAUGAAGCUCCUGAGAUUUCCAAGUGGGAGUCAGUUAUCUGGCUAUCAAUUUUGACUGUCUGGAUCUCUGUUCUAUCAAAAUAUUUAGUCGAUGCAAUCGAGAUUGCAUCUGAAUCAUUGAAAAUCCCAGUGUCCUUUAUUAGUGUUAUACUGCUUCCGAUUGUGGGGAAUGCUGCUGAGCAUGCAAGCGCUAUUAUGUUUGCUAUGAAAGAUAAGCUAGAUAUUUCUCUCGGUGUAGCUAUCGGGUCAUCAACUCAGAUAUCUAUGUUUGGGAUUCCUUUCUGUGUGGUAACUGGGUGGAUUAUGGGACAACCAAUGGACUUGAACUUUCAACUCUUUGAGACGGCAACACUUUUUAUUACUGUAAUAGUCGUAGCUUUCUUGCUCCAGGAAGGAACUUCAAAUUACUUCAAGGGACUGAUGCUUAUCCUUUGUUAUCUGAUAGUUGCAGCUAGCUUUUUCGUGCACGUCGAUCCUCCUUUAUCCGAGAAUGAACUGGGGAGUUUGAAAGCGUAGUGAGCAGAAGAGCUUUCUCCAUGAAAACAACUUAGCUCAAAGAUUAACCAUGUAUGACUAAAGGGGAAGGAAGAUUUACUUGAAGAAAAGGCUUUGAAGUUUUGUUACAAUGCUAGAGGUACUGUAUGUACCUAAGCAGUGCUGCUCUAACUUGGACUUUCUUAUCUCUAGGAGGAAACUUAAUUCUGCGUGUAAUUGAACUGUAAAUAUUGGUCAAUUCCAGAUCCUAGAUCUACAGCUUUUAUGAAUAAGAACGUGUCUUUUUUUUUCUUCUCAUUACAAUAGCAUUGUGAGCCCAUUGUUGAAGAAAUACAAAGAGGCUAUUUCUUAGGUGGCUAUCUUCUGUGUGAGCGAAACGAACAGAAGGCCACGUGACCCCACAAAAGAGUCAACGAGUGGAUGAGAGAGAAAUAUAGGGAGUGGGAGAGGGGGAGUUGACCAGGUGUCUGAAGAGUGAGCUACCGACCCAUCUCUCACACGCUCAAUGGCGUUGAAUUUUUUAAUAAAAUCAUGCAG